GUAAAGCCCCCUGAAGCAAAUUUGUGAUUUAGGGCUAUAUAAUUACAAUUGACUUUACUAGAAGACAGCACAAGAAGACAAUCAGCACAAGCAUUAAAAAAAAAACAACAUCAUAAAAUCCCAUUAUAUAACAGAAGACAGGUAAAACCAGAAGGGACACAAUCUGACAAACACAGACAAAACGGUGAGCGGACAGGGCGGGCAUGCAGUGACGAGGUAUGAUUCAUGUCUGGUAUGAAGAAUUUUCCAACUGGGAAGCUGUCCGGACGAAAAAGGUUUUCCUCCUUGGGACAGCUAUGUCCCCUCUUACUGGUUAAUCCACUGGUUCCCAACCUGAAGGUCCCGGCCCCCAUUAGGGGUCGCCAAAUCAUUACAGGAGUCGCGAGGCCUUCUUGUUUUUAAGGGUCCUGGUACCGUGCAUGUUGUUAACAACACAGCAUAGUGUGAGCUGUGCUUGGUUUCCUACUGUCCUAAAGUGGCACUGAAGCUUCUCAUGUGCAGCUGAGGAGCAGAUAAGUCGGCUAGCAGAAGUUCGGUCCAAGACGCACUACAAGGAUGAAAGGCUACAUUUUCCUUGUCCUGACCUUGGCAAUUUCAUCAGCAUUCUCCCGAGGCCCAAAUGGAGGACAGAUAGUGGAUAUCGGUGAAGACAAGAGCAUUUCCGAAGCAAACAAUGGUUCAGUACAUGAUGAUAUUCUGAAGCAACCGAACACAAGGAGUGCUGUUACUAAUCAGGACAAGCUGUGGACAUCUCCAGUCCCAUAUGUUUUGGAUAAAGGCCUUGAGAUGAAUGCUAAAGGAGUGAUCCUGAGAGCCUUUGACCAGUUCAGGUUGAAGUCAUGCAUUGACUUCAAACCAAGGGACUCUGAGGACUAUUACCUUUUUAUUCAAAAGUUAGACGGAUGUUAUUCAUUUUAUGGGAAAUUAUCAACCAUCGGACAGGAAGUCUCCAUCGGGAGAUUCUGUGAUCAGAUUUCCACUGUUGAACAUGAGCUCCUCCAUGCUUUAGGCUUCUUCCAUGAACAGUCCAGAUAUGACAGAGAUGAUUAUGUGACCAUUGCAUUCGAGAACAUCGAACCAGGUUUUGAGCAAAAUUUUUUAGCAGAAACCAAUGAAACCAGCACCAAUCAGGGAACCUCAUACGACUACAUGUCAGUGAUGCACUACAGCAAAAAUGAAUAUUCCAAUGGCAACGGGUCAACGGUUAUCACCAAAGACCCCAAAUUCCAGGAUGUUAUUGGUCAAAGCCUGGAAAUGAGCCCCACUGAUGUUCUGGAGCUGAACCUCCUCUACAAAUGCAAUUCAACCAGUGCAUUUCAGAUGUCCUGCAGCUUCUCUGAAGGAGACGUCUGUCACAUGAACCGCUGCUCACACAGGGGCAGUGGCUGGGAAAUGGUAACAGAAGUAAAGGGGCGUCCUUAUUCUGACCACACCAAUCUACCCAAUGGCAUGGGUGAUUAUGGUAAGGGUGCAGGUUACUUCAUGCAUGCUAGCACAGCAUCAGGUCAGGAGGGAGCCUCAGCCUGGCUGGAAACCCACAAGAUGAGUCCUAAGAGGGAGUGCCAUGUCCAGUGUCUCCAGUUCUACUUUUACCACAGUGGGAGCGAGUCAGACUGCCUCAACAUCUGGAUCAGAGAGUUUCAAGAUGAAAUGGAUUUAAACGGAACCCGCCGCCUCAUGGGACAGAUCACUGGUCGACAAACAUUUUUCUGGCAAAUCAAGCAUGUUUCCCUGAAUGCCAGCAAGCAAUUCCAGGUGGAGUUUGAGGUUCGUAAAGGAGCAGGAAGCUCUUCAGGCGGCUUCUCAAUCGAUGACAUCAAUCUGUCUGAGCUCGAAUGUCCACAUGUAGUCAUGCAGGUUAAUAAUUUUGAGGACUAUCGGAAAAAUAGUCAAUCCAAUAUAUAUAGCCAACGACACUACUCCAGAGGGGGCUAUGCUUACGCGGUUGGGGUUGGGCCGUCCAGAACAUCUUUUGGACUGUUUGCACAGCUCUUGUCUGGUGAAAAUGAUGACCAGCUGGAGUGGCCUGUCCCACAAAGGCAGGUGACCUUCCAAAUGGUGGAUCAGAACCCAAACAUCCAGCUGCAGAUGUCCAAGCAAAGGAGUAUGACCAGUGACCUAGAAAAAGCCCGGGAUGGUAGCUAUCUAUGGGGCAAUCCUCGUGAUGGUGGAAAUACAUACGUAGGUGCCAAUGAUGAAACCAUUUAUGAAGGACCUCUCCUUGGCCGAAGCUAUUUUUCCAACUUGGAAGAAAUGAAAUCCAGAGACUUCCUCAAGGGAGGGAAUGCUGUUUUCGUCUUCAACUUCCAAGAUAUCACUCCUCUUGUUAAUGGAAGUACUGUACCGUGUCCUCAAAUGGGACCAGUGAAGAUUACACAUCCUCCUAGAGAUCUGGAUAACGGCCCAUGCUCAACACGGACCUUUCCCACCUACCCUCCACCACCUCCUAAAACCUCCAUCCACCCACCUCCUAAACCCACCAUCCACCCACCUCCUAAAACUUCCAUCCACCAACCUCCUAAACCCACCAUCCGUCCACUUCCUAGAACAACAGAUGACGACAGCAUUUUUGGCAUCUCUGCUGGUUUGGUUUGUUCUCCUGUCCUCACCCUGCUGCUCGCAUUGAUGCUUUUGAUACCUUGAUGUGCGUCUCCUCCCGUGCACAUCCAGCCCGUUCUCAUUCCCAUGGCGUCAAAUGCUGAUGUUUUGUCACGGCCGUUGGCGUUCGAUACUGACGCAAACGUUUUUACAAUCAGCUGUUCGUUUGUGUCCCGUGUUUACAACGUUCAGUGUCAUUUUCACUGUACAAACGUAGUAAUUUUAAGCCCAACCACGUUGUUUUUUCCUAAACCUAACUAAGGUGGUUUUGUUGCCUGAACCUAAGUGUUUUAGUUUAAUUUACAACAUUAAGCAUGUGUUUAGUGACGCCAAGGGGACUGACAAAGCAUCAAUAUAUGACAAGUUGGGAUGAGAACGUGUUGGCACGUCCCACCUCUGCACAUGGACCAGUAUAUUUGCCACUGGCGGAGUAAUUCAGCAGUUUUUACUUUUUAUUCAUUUUUUGUUGUUGUGUCUGUUGUAAUAGGUGACUAACAAAAAGAAAGAUGCAAUGCAAUGGUAUAUCAGGGGUAAUUGUUGAGUUACAAUUUAGCAGCUUAAGAAUUAAUUGAAUGUCUCUACUACUGUGGUGUUUGGUGCUGUGAUCAUAUAUUUGUUGGUAUUUGUCUUUUGUGGGUUGAUCUUAAAAUAGUACUUUGAUUUAUUAUAGUAUUGUACUCCUUUGAGGAAAAGGAAAAAAAAUAAGCUUCACUGCUUUUAUAACUGGGUAGUAAAAAGGAGAGGUUGCUGUGAGACAGAUUAAGAUUAAGAACGAAUACGGUUUACGUUAUGAUGUGGAAUUGUCUAUCAAGCUGUCCGUGUACACUGGUUCUUGAUAAACAAGAAUAGCAUACUUGUGAAUUAAAGAAAAUGUAUUCAA